GGCAAAAGAGGUGGGGGUAGGAAUCUGUACACAUUUUUAAAGUUCCCCCUUGGGGUGACGUGGGCACAUACCCAGGUUUGGGAACCACCCCUCGGGGGCUCUGAGGACACCUCCAGCUCUGAGAGUUCGUGGUUCUAGCCAGAAGGAGCAGAAUUCCAGCACAGCUUUUGACGGAAGCUAUGAACUACAAAGUAAGCCACAUGCCACUUCCUGUCACCUACAAAAGCCCCAAGGUCCCAAACUUACCAGAACUCAAGAGGAACCACAGCAAGGCAAAAAUCAGCAGCCAAAUCAGAGGCCCAGGCGACCUGGGGAGCCCACCACGAGCACUCCGGCUGCUGUGACCGGGUACCCCAAUGCCCAGGUGCGACGUGGGUCAGGACGUGGUCAAGAGGAGUCCCAGGCGACAGAACCACGGGUUGGAUCAGGGCUGCUGCUAAAGGUUGGAUGGGGACAGGCUGGGACCACCAGCCAGCUCCAUGGACGGGGACUUUGCUUCUGCUUACCGCCCAGCUUUGGAAAGAAAAGACGAAGAAAGGUCUGUGCUGAUUUGCAUCUGGGGGAUCCUUCCCCGUCCUGAGCUUCCGGGUGCAGAAAAAGUGAUUUGACCUCGGAUUGUCUCCAGAAGAAGGGACAGAAAGAGCCUAGAACAUUCCCCCAGAUGUUCCAGCUGUGACUUCUCCACCACCCCUCGAUGGGACCGCUGGAAAAGCCAUCCACUGGCUGGAAACACAAGGAAGCGGAGAUGCAAGUUGGUCCCCAGCCUGAUGAGAAGAUCAGGGUGGGGAGGCCUGGAGACAGGAGCGCUGCCCCCGCCCCCCUUCCCCCAGCCCUGUCCUUCCUCUUCCUCUUGCCACUGGCCAGCGCCAUACAGCCCACCUCACUGCCCUUCCCAGAACUGAGGCUGGUGGGGGGCCCAAGCCGCUGCCGGGGACGCCUGGAGGUCCUGCAUGGCGGCUCCUGGGGCAGCGUCUGCGACGACGACUGGGACGUGGUCGAUGCCAACGUGGUGUGUCGUCAGCUGGGCUGCGGCCUGGCCCUGCCGGUGCCUCGGCCCCUCGCUUUUGGCCAGGGCCGAGGCCCCAUCCUGCUGGACAACGUGGAGUGUCUCGGGCAGGAAGUUGCGCUGAGCGAGUGCGGCAGCCGAGGCUGGGGCGUCCACAACUGCUUUCACUACGAGGACGUGGCUGUCCUGUGCGACGAAUUCUUGCCCACGCAGCCCCCAACAAGGAAAGCGUUAACCAGUAGGGCACCUCCUACAACUCCCCAGAACGGAAACGGUGAGGGCAGCGUGCGCCUGGUGGGGGGCGUGGGCCCGUGUCAGGGCCGAGUGGAGAUCCUGCACGGUGGCCUGUGGGGCACGGUGUGUGACGAUGACUGGGGGCUGCCGGACGCUGCCGUGGUCUGCCGCCAGCUGGGCUGCGGGGCGGCCCUGGCAGCCACCACCAACGCCUUCUUCGGCUACGGCACGGGGCACAUCUUAUUGGACAACGUGCACUGCGAAGGAGGCGAGCCCCGUCUGGCAGCCUGCCUGAGCUUGGGCUGGGGCGUGCACAACUGCGGCCACCACGAGGACGCCGGCGCGCUCUGCGCAGUCCUGGGCCGCCCGACUCUCACAGCACCACUAUCCUUGGCCACAAGAGGGGCCUGGGCCUGGCACACAGAGCCAGAGGCUACAGGAGUUGGUGCCCUGCCUUCUAGGGAGCCAGCAAUGUUCACCACAGCCGCCUGGGCCGCGGGGAAGAAAAGCGGGCGGCUGCGGCUGGUGGGCGGCCCGGGCCCGUGCCGCGGCCGCGUGGAGGUGCUGUACGCCGGGGGCUGGGGUACCGUGUGCGACGAUGACUGGGACUUCGCGGACGCGCGCGUGGCCUGCCGAGAGGCAGGCUGCGGGCCGGCCCUGGGUGCCACGGGCCUCGGCCACUUCGGCUACGGCCGCGGCCCGGUGCUGCUGGACAACGUGGGUUGCGCCGGCACCGAAGCCCGCCUAAGCGACUGCUUCCACCUGGGCUGGGGCCAGCACAACUGUGGCCACCACGAGGAUGCUGGCGCGCUCUGCUCAGGCCCAGAGGAACUAGUCCAACAGGAUGGUUCUGAGACCACCCGGGUACCCACUCCUCGGCCCAGGGACGGGCAUCUACGUCUGGCCAACGGAGCCCAUCGAUGCGAGGGGCGUGUAGAGCUCUUCCUAGGACAGCGCUGGGGCACUGUUUGCGAUGACGCUUGGGACCUGCGGGCAGCCGGUGUCCUAUGUCGCCAGCUGGGCUGCGGCCAGGCCCUGGCAGCCCCUGGUGAGGCCCACUUCGGCCCAGGACGAGGCCCUAUCCUCCUGGACAAUGUCAAGUGCCGUGGGGACGAGAGUGCCUUGCUGCUCUGCUCACACAUCCGCUGGGAUGCUCACAACUGUGACCACAGCGAGGAUGCCAGUGUCUUGUGCCAGCCGGCAUGACUCAGCCCGUUUGUUCUGCAGACCACCUCCUCUGGGAGCCUCCUGUGACCUGCCCCUCUUCUUCCAGGAAGUCCUCCUGUGAUAACUGCAGUUCACUCUGUUCCUCUCUCCCCUUGUCUGGGAGAGAGCCUGUCCAGUUGGUGUGGUCCUUCCUGGGGGAGCCUGGUUCCACCCCAUCAACUUGGCAUGUGACCUCACCUGUUAUCACCUAACAUGGGUCCAGUUCAAUGAAAGCUCUCGCUUUCUGCUCAGCUAAAAACAGAAAAUAGUGGGAAGGGAGUAACUCUUAACUUUCCUCUUUGGCGGGGCUCCUGUUAUAGCAUCCCUGCUCAGGGUCCAAGAGUUUCAGGGGCUCUCUGUAAAUGGAGUAUCUCCCUUCCCCCAUCCAUCUUGGGAUCCCCAAGAAGAGGGAAGGCAGGAGCGGCCUAUGGCUCUUACCUUAGACUGCCUGGGGCUGCAGAAGAACCUGAGCCGUUGCCCUGACCUCUCCAUGAGGGCCUAGGCUCAGAUGGUGCUUGGCUGGACAGGGGGACUCGAGGGGCCAAAGCAGGGACAGCGGCCCCUCCCUGCAGCUGAAACCAGCAUCUCGGAUUGAUGCUGCCCCCACCACAGAGCCUCCACUUUGCAGAAGCAAAGAACCGUGGGGGCCUGUAGCCUCUCAUUCCAUUAGGUGCCAAGUUAAUAAAGCAUUGUCCCCUGUUUGUUACCUGGGC